AUGCUGGGUCCUGACACAACGCCUAUGUGGAGAAGAUUCCUUAGUAAGGAAAGCGCGAGAGACCGGCAAACUUUUUACGAAUCAGAAGCCUUGCGUAGGUGGAAUGAGAUAAACCAAGGACCUUUUAACGAUGAGCAAGUCCCGGGGGGUAAAAUGUGCGAUCAGCAAAGGGAGUUGAACAGGACUUCCGAAAAGACCGUCCAAUAA